CAUGACGGUCCUGCAUCUGUCUUGGAGAACCUGAACGCAGCAAAGAUAUCCGGAUAUGACGCAUAUACGUAAGUGACGCGCCGACAUUUUUCAAGAUGGCAGCCCUGGCGUCCUUGAUGCUCAAGUCCAGAGCAGGUCUGUUGGUGCCUGGUCAGGCCUCUCUUCUAGAGUCUGUGAGGUUUGCAUCUAAGAAGUCUGGUGGUUCCAGUAAGAACCUCGGAGGAAAGAGCCCUGGCAGGAGAUACGGCUUCAAGAAACAGGAUGGUAAUUUUGUCCAUGCGGGUAACAUCCUUGCAACCCAGAGGCACAUGAGGUAUCACCCAGGUGCUCAUGUGGGGAUGGGCACCAACAACACGCUCUUUGCUCUGGAGGAUGGGUGCGUCAGGUUCACCAAGGAGGUCUACAUCCCACCACCACGCAGCCCCGAGGCCACCAAGGUCAUCACCAAGCUGCCUAAAGCAGUUGUGCUCUACAAGACCUUCAUCAACAUCCUGCCACUCAAACAGGAGGGCAAGUUUAAACUGGUGGACAUGGUCUGAAGCUGACUGGACUGGACUGGGAGGUCAUAAUUCCCCGGGUUUUGUUGCUGUCGACCGAGAAGGACUUGUUUUGACUGACACCUCAGCUGAAUACCAGAGAUCGACGGGAACAGCACAUCAUCCUACUCAGCUUCCUGUCUCUGUGCUCCAUCAUUAUGUGACACUCUCUGUUGGACUUGAUAAACAGAAGUUCAACUCCGUCACAACUGAACCGAUGAGAGGCGUGUAACCAUGGUCUGGACUCUGUACACUUACAGUUGAUUGAGACACCCAGGAUGUACCAGAGAUGUCUGUGUCGUAAUACUUAAUUUGUUCUUUAUUGACUGUAUUAAAGGUUUGUAUGUGAAAAUCUA